CAGGGUAUCGAUCCUGGUAUGAGUGCCGUGACCCAGGUGAUGAGAUUUGGCCCAUCCCUGCGGAGAUUUGGAGGAUCCCUGCUGUCAAGAUCUUACUGAUUAUUCCGAGGUCUUUGACAUGAUCCUCGAGCCUCUGGCACUCCGCUUCGAGGACAUUGCCAACACUCACUCAAGGAUUUCCAAGAUGGAGCUACUGAAAUUAGUCCCUGAAGAGUUCAGAUCGUCAACCACUCAAGAAACGUUGGAACUGGCCCGAACCCUUUUUGUGAGAAUGUGGGAUUGGAGUAUCACCAGAUAUCCUCGUCUUUCAAUACCUCUUGAUCGUGGUAAAUGGCAAUGGGAUGAGUCCGGGUCAUCUGUGAUGAGAAAUAUCAUUAUCUCAGCUGGGCACGACCCCGAUACUAUGACUUUUGCACAACUUGUGGAAGAAGAUAUAUGGGUUGAAUGCAUUACCUGUGUUCAAGCUGGUUGCGGAGCCAGGGUGUCUCAACCAAUGGGUGCUGUAGAGCACUGUCGUAAAGGCCUUCACCUUAACAUACCCCACAACACGACGAUAGAAUGGAGAGUUCUUGAGGGGCAGGAGCUCUCCGCCGCCAGAGCAUCGUGUGCAGUGGCCAGGGAAUGGUGGCAAUGUUUGCUUUGUGAGAGGAAAGAUGCCGGCACUGAGGACUGCAUUCUUCAGCACAUUGCGUUACAACACCCUAGCGCCCGCCCGGAUUUACAGUAUUGUUAUCUAGGUUCAGAGCGUACAAUGCCACGAAAAUGUAUCCCCGAUCCAAUGCUUGGACAUAAGAGGGACGACAUUGGGGCCAAAGGAUAAGCUUAUAUAAUCGACAGAUUACCAGGUCGGGAC